AACGAAAUGCGACACUGUUUCGUCAACUUUUUUUCUCGCCGUGUGUGUGUUGUACUCGAAGUGACGAAUUAGUUUUUAAUUGACAAAAUUUUUCAAUCUUUGAAAAUUCCCGCAGCAAUUUUGCCAAAUAAAAAACAACAAAUUUGUGGAAAUUCAUAUUAAAGUCUAGCGAGAAAAAAAUUUCAAAAUAAAACUUUUUUAAAACUACAAAAAUGGCAGAAGGAGGCAAUAGCAAGCGCAUCGUUGUGAACGUAAAAACGCCGAAGGAGAAGAAAACAAUUGAAGUAGAUGAAGAUUCUGGAAUUAAGGAAUUCAAGGCACUUGUUGCGAAAAAGUUCGACUCUGAACCCGAACAGCUGGUACUAAUUUUUGCUGGCAAAAUUAUGAAGGAUAGCGACACACUGAAAACGCACAACAUCAAGGAUGGACUAACAGUACAUUUGGUUAUUAAAGCACCUACACGAGCCGCAGAGCCAGCUGCUCGUCCAGCAGCAGAUGUACGUCAAACACCAUUUGGCUUAAAUCAGUUGGGCGGUUUGGCCGGUAUGGAAGCAUUGGGUGCUGGCACCGGUUCUUUUAUGGACUUGCAGGCGCGAAUGCAGAGUGAAUUGUUAAAUAACGGCGAUAUGUUGCGCUCGGUAUUGGAUAAUCCGCUUGUACAGCAAAUGAUGAAUAAUCCAGAUAUUAUGCGUUCACUCUUUACGUCUAAUCCUCAAAUGCAAGAUUUAAUGCAGCGAAAUCCGGAAAUUUCUCAUAUGCUUAACAAUCCUGAAUUGCUACGACAAACCAUGGAGCUAGCACGUAAUCCCUCUAUGUUGCAGGAGCUGAUGCGCUCGCAUGAUCGCGCUAUGUCCAAUUUAGAAUCGGUGCCUGGCGGUUACAAUGCUUUGCAACGAAUCUAUCGUGACAUACAGGAGCCAAUGUUGAACGCAGCAAGUGAUUCAUUUUCACGCAAUUCUUUCUCUGGCUUGAUGGACAGUUCGGGUGGGGGUAAUAACCCGCAGCAAGGCACGGAGAAUCGACAACCAUUGCCCAAUCCCUGGGGCGGCAGAGGAAACGCUAGUGGCACCGGCAGCGGCAGCGGCAGUAACACUUCCGGUGAUAAUCCCGAUUUGCCUCCACGCGGUAUGCUCAAUACGCCCGCCAUGCAGAGUCUUAUGCAACAAAUGUCUGAAAAUCCAUCACUCAUGCAAAAUCUUCUAAAUGCGCCCUACACGCGCUCCAUGAUGGACGCCAUGGCACAGGAUCCUGAUAUGGCUUCACGUCUGUUAAGCACCAGUCCAAUGCUGGCUAACAAUCCUCAAUUGCAAGAUCAGGUGCGUCAAAUGAUGCCACAGUUCCUUAAUCAAAUGCAAAAUCCCGAGGUGCAGAAUAUGUUGACAAAUCCCGAGGCAUUAAAUGCCAUUAUGCAAAUACAACAAGGUAUGGAACAAUUGCGGUCAGCUGCACCAGGUCUAGUCGGGUCGCUAGGCAUUCCACCGCCACCACCGGGCAACACAGAGAGUACCACCGCUACGACCAACUCAACCACCAACACCACGAGCGGUGGCGGUGAUACCACCCGCCCGGCGACAGCACCCGGUGGCGGUCCAAAUGCUCAACUAUUCAAUGACUUUGUAUCGCGCAUGUUGAACGGCAUGGGUAUGCAGGCAGACAACACACAACCGCCAGAGGUGCGCUAUCAAUCACAGUUGGAGCAAUUGGCGGCGAUGGGUUUCGCCAACAGGGAGGCCAACUUACAAGCGCUAAUAGCCACUUUCGGAGAUAUCAACGCAGCUGUUGAACGAUUAUUGGCAUUAAAUCAAUUAUCUUUAAGUUAACGUCCUUAAUUGAAAUUGUUUAUUUAAUAAAAACAAAUAACACGAAAUUAAUGAAACAAAAAAAUUUAAUUGCUGUUGCUGCUAACCAACCUUUCGGCCUAGUGGCAAACCCUUUCGCUUCUCCUUCAAAAUAGUAUAUAAAACUAACUGUCUCAGCAAAUUAAACAAACGGAAGAAGGCGAAUUAUACAAAAAUGAAUAGAUGUAUCCGCUGUUGUCUGGGACCGCAGCAAUAUUUCGUAAAAUUAUACCCUAUAAUGUAUACCAAAAGUAAAAUGAAAACUCAAAAGGAACCGAUGGACAAAUGUAAUGGAAAGGUGAUGUGGAGAAACAUAAAUAUAAUAUAAAAUGAAUAAAUAAAAUAAAGUCAUUUAAAUAUAUUUUACUAAUAUUUGGUAUUUUAGGCACACAAAACUUUUAUUUAAUAGUCAAGUCCAUGAAAUUGUGCGAUUAAGUGCGCAAAGUAUUCCCUUUUUUUAUCAUUAUAAAGUAUAAAAAUUUGAUCGAAGUUCUAAUGAUAUACAAAACUAAUUUUCAUUCAAUUAUUUCUUAAAAUAAUAGUCUUUUAAAAUAAAAUUCGGAACAAAGUUUCACGAAUUUGACUAUUAAAUAGAAAGCUUUGUUAUAUGAAAGUAAAAGAAAAAAUAUUUGUAAAAAGGCAUUAAAUUAUUUUUUCAAUUAAUAUUCCAAUUGAUACUUCAAUUAUUCCAAUAUUUUGUUAUUACCAAUAAUUAUUAGUCAUACAAAUAAGUAGUUGAACAAAUUUUGGGUCAGCGUUAAUUUUUCCUUAGUUCGGUGGUACUCAAAGAAUGAAGAAGCAGGUUUAACAUACAAGAAAGAAGCGAACUAAUUUACGCAAAAUCCUAUCGAAUUAAAAAAAAAA